AUGUCUAUUCAGUGGACUCUUAUAGCUGGAUUUCUUUAUUUCGAAGUUGCUGUCGUUUUGCUCCUCGUAUUACCGGUUGCAAGUCCAAAAAAAUGGCAAAGAAUUUUUAGAUCUAGAUUUUUAAAUGCAUUGGGCGCGCAAGCUUCCUUUUAUUUCUACGUACUAUUAAUUAUUUUAGUUAUAUUUUUAAUGGAUGCCUUAAAAGACAUGAUGAAAUAUUCUAAUUCGGAAAGUGGUGAUAAAUCUCAAACUCAUAGUCACCUCGAUGCUGAAAUGCAAAUGAACAUGAAAAAAUUUAGAGCCCAACGUAAUUUUUACAUUUCCGGAUUUGCAUUAUUUUUAAGUUUGGUCAUUAGACGUUUAUGUCAUCUCAUAUCGAAUUUGGCCGUAAUGCAGGCACAAAGCGAAGCUGCAUUAAAACAAGCUGCCAAUGCUUCAUCCAGUGCAAAAAGUUUACUAAAUCAAAUAGAUGCUCAAAAUCAUUCGAACGAAGCACACGAUGAAGAAGUAAAAGGAUUAAAAUUGGAAAUCAGUAAAUUGAAAAAAGAAUUAGAAGCUGAAAAAUUAGAUAAAGAAACUGUUAGGAAACAAGCAGAAUCGACAAAUGCUGAAUAUGACAGGGUAAUGUUAAUGUUAACGUUAAUUUUUAAAAAAAAUUAUGUUGUGAAAUGUUGA